AGGUGUUACUAAUGUAGUAAUGAAAACAGACGAGGCCCGGCGAUAAAUUAGACUCUAUUAACCGGCUUUCUGUGAUGAAAGUCACCGGGGAGUUUCUAAACGGUUAACGAUGCAGUCCGCUAGCGAGCUAAGACGUACAGUGUUAAUACUUAGUUAACGUUAGCGACCAACAGCCGUUAGGUUAACUUCGAUUGUCCUUAGCAACGCGCUAACCGUGCUGCUAACGCUAGCUACUAUGUCAAGCUAAUAACAUAAAAUGUUAGCUACUUGAUGCCAAAAUAAUCAUCUGUGUUUAACAAUGCAUAUUAGAUGAGAGCAAAAGGCUAGACGAGGCUUAAGCUGUGCAGGGCUGUCGUGGCUAGCGGUUAGCGGUGAUAGCUAACUUAUGGUUGGCUGAGCUGCCUCAGACUAACAAAGUUGUUGGAUGUUCCUGGAGAGAGGCUCCCUGACUGCUCUUUGUUCUGCCUCAACAUGGGGAUGGUGAGGUAGCUUAGCAUGGCGUAAAGAGACAGUCUGCCAGCUCCAGAAGACAGGCUUUAAAACCCGGACAGAUUUACAGUUGGCAUAUUGUAACAUUUGUGAAUAUCAGCGUCACAUGCGUUAAUGUACUCUUCUAAUACAACAGUGUCAAUAGCAACACAUAGCCGGAUUUGGUUAUGCAGCCAACAAGAAACCAGUUGCGCAGACUUGCAAGUUAAUGGUGUCUUUUCGUUAAAAAUGUUUUAAAAGUAGCGGAUCAUUUACACAAAGACAAAAGCCAGAAGAAUGGUGUAGCACAGCGCUGGUACCGAAUGAUACUGUCAGGUGGUGACGGAGGACAUGGGUGGUCAAGCUGAACGUUGCAGUUGAGUUCCCUGCAAAUAUUGUAAUGUUUUGAUCCCAACCUGAUCAAGCACACUACUUUUACAAAUGAGGAGCUGCUUGGUUACAGGACGUGUGUCCUUUCACUGAGGCCACAUGUGUAUCUGGAGAGAUGGAUCGUUGUAAGCACGUGGGACGCCUUCGUCUGGGCCACGACCAUUCUGUCCUCAACCCACAGAAAUGGCAGUGUGUGGACUGCAGCACCACCGAUUCAGUGUGGGCCUGCCUCAAGUGCUCCCACGUGGCCUGUGGACGUUUCAUGGAGGAGCACUCGCUCAAACACUUUCAGGAGUCACACCACCCACUGGUUAUGGAGGUGCGUGAGCUGGAUGUGUUCUGUUUUGCCUGUGGAGACUAUGUACUCAAUGACAACGCAGAGGGAGAUCUCAAACUCCUUAGAGGGGCGCUCUCCACAGUUCGCAGCCCAGGGAGACGUUCGCUACGCUCAUCGACCGGGGGGGAGUUCACCCCCUGGGUUGGGGAGAGUGGGCCAAAGCCCGCCAUGCAGCUGGCCUCUCGGCACAGGAGGAAAGCACUUCUAGGAAAGAUGCUUCGGACAUGGAUCGGUAAACACCAGGAGCUGCAGAAUCAGCGGAAAGAGAAACUUGAGGAAGCUAGAAGACAAAAAAAAGAGGUAAAAAGGAGACUCAUGGAAGAGCUUGGCAGUGUCCCUCCUAGAAAGAGUGCUAGGCUUCUCACUCAGGCGCCACGUUCAGCCAUCACACUCAUUCCUCGCAAAUUUCGCGAACCUCCAGAACGCCUACCUCCUCCUUCCAAGAAGCCUUCCCUUCUUACCCUGUCCCGUAAGACUCCUCAGAAUGGCAGAGCUGCUAAACUGAGGAGGUACUACUCGUCACACACAGCUACCCGCCGGAGACCGGCUCCAGGUGUCACUGGUCUGCGCAAUCUGGGGAACACAUGCUACAUGAACUCAAUAUUGCAAGUGCUGAGCCACCUGCAGAAAUUCAGGGAGUGUUUUCUCACUUUGGACCUGUGUGAGACUGAGGAGCUGCUGGCAAAGACCAAUCAGGCCCAGGGCAUGACGGCUGUGACGGGAGGUGUAGUCAGCAGUGGGACCGCAGCACUGCCUGGGAGCCCUCUUGGACGUGUGGGUAAGGCAGGCGGUUGGAGUUUACCCGUGGGCAAAAAAGAAAGUGCUCCCGCUCCCCCGCAGGCUUCUGAGUUGGUUCAGCCUAAGGAGCCUCGCUGUUCCACCCGCCAGCAGAUGUCUCUGUGCCAUGAGUUACACACACUUUUCAGGGUCAUGUGGUCAGGCCGGUGGUCCUUAGUGUCUCCAUUCGCCAUGCUGCACUCGGUAUGGAACCUCAUCCCAGCUUUCCGGGGCUACGACCAGCAGGACGCCCAGGAGUUCCUGUGCGAGCUGCUUGACAAGGUGCAGCAGGAGCUGGACACAGAGGGGUCCAAACGCAGGAUAGUUAUCCCCAUCACAAAGAGGAAACUAUCCAAGCAAGUGCUAAAGGUUCUCAACACCAUCUUUCAUGGGCAGCUACUUAGCCAGGUGACGUGUCUGUCCUGUAAGCACAAGUCCAACACAGUGGAGCCGUUCUGGGAUUUGUCUUUGGAGUUUCCAGAGCGGUACCACAGCAUAGACAAAGGCUCAGGCUCUACAGCUUACCAGCGCAGCUGCACCCUCACUGAGAUGUUGUCCAAGUUUACCGAAAUGGAGGCUCUCGAAGGCAGCAUCUAUGCCUGCAACCACUGCAACAAAAGAAGACGGAAAUCAUCCCACAAACCCUUAGUUCUGUCAGAGGCUCGUAAGCAGCUUCUGAUCUACCGUUUACCUCAGGUUCUACGGCUGCACCUCAAACGCUUCAGAUGGUCGGGGAGAAACCAUAGGGAGAAAAUCGGCGUCCAUGUGGCCUUUGACCAGGUUUUGAACAUCAAACCGUACUGCUGCACAGGCUCAGGUCACUCCGUCCACAGAGGAGGCUACACCUACGAUCUGUCUGCUGUUGUUAUGCACCAUGGGAAAGGCUUUGGCUCAGGGCACUACACCGCAUACUGCUACAAUACAGAAGGAGGUUUCUGGGUCCACUGUAAUGACUCUGAGAUGAAGGUUUCCAGUGUGGAGGAGGUGUGCAACACUCAGGCCUAUAUUCUCUUCUAUACCCAGAGGUCUGCCUAGGUACCUCUCGCUGUGAUGUCGACCAGUACUGGGCAACUUUAGGCUGCAUUUAUGAAGAUGUUCUCUGAAGUUUCCCAGAUGACAUUUAAUAAUCACUUUGAAAUAAAUUACUGAAAGAGAAAGAUAGUAACGGGGUCACUAGGACAGCCACAAUCAUGAGUAAAGGUGAAAUUUGAAUCAAAAUAAUCCAGAUGAGAAAGAAUGGAAUAAUGACAUGGUAGGGAAAUCCUUUAAAUUAGGAACAUUUAAAUUAAAUGUUAUAAUGGCUGGUUUUGAUUAUGUUAAAUCUUUGACUAUAAAAAACAAAUCCAAAACCUUUUUAUAAAUGAGGCCUGAGGUUUCUCGGCCUGGGGGACCAGCAUACCAGUUAACUAUCCCGAAAACUGUGUGAGCGGUCCACCGUCUGUCCUGCUGAACGCCAUGUUGUGUGUCCGUGUUUUAAAAACCAUCAGGCUCACGUGUUGAGUCUGUGACGCCCUCCUGAAACGGCAUUCAAAGGAAACGCAUGUUCUGGAUUUUAGAGCAUUUUUAUCACAAUAAUGUUGUUAAUGUGCCUUUUAUAUGCAACUGUACGUUUAAUAGCCAAUGCACUAAAUAUUAUAAGAGGUACAUCUUUCAAUAUCAUUGUGUAGGUUCAAUGAAAUCAAUCGAAUCUAGUGACUAAAGUCCAGCCUCUGUGUCGCCUCCAGCUUUUUUUUUUUUUUGUUUUAUAGUGAAAUAUCAGUUUGGGAAUCUUUUAAUACUCCUCACUGUGUCGUUUGUACUUCAUCACGUCCUCUCCUCAACUGUACCGCUGUGACUGAUACUGUGUUUCAGGCGAGAGGCCUGUGCUCUCAGUGAACAGGAAAAGUUUUAGUUUCUUUUGUAGUCAUUCUAUGUUUUCACAAACACUUCAUUGAUAAGUGACGGAAAGCUGCACUUUCUACUCUCGGAGGGGCUACUCUCGUUGGUCCUAUCUUUGUGAUUGUUCAUCUUUUAGCUCCUGUAUCUUGUUUAAAAUGGCAGCUCCCCUCGUGGUGUAACGAUAGUCUGAGCCCAGGUUGGAGACUUUGCGCCUGUGUUUGAACUGCAGAAGAUGAACACAUGAGUGAAAGGGCAUUACAGAAGAAUGUGUCGGGGUACCCAUUUUGAGUUGAUAACCUGAAAGCAAUAUAUUGUACUUCUUGCAUCUUGACAGGAAAUAAGAUAAAAUCAGGAAUUCUUCUGCUUGUGAUACAAUGUUUUUUUCUACUCUGCUGUUUCUAUCAAGGUCUUUAGAAUUUGCUAGGUAAUCAAGAAAAACUGUUGUUUGAUACGAGUCAAACGCUGAAUACAUUUGUGAACUCUAUGUAAAAGUUGGAACAAUCUGAUGACGAUGAAUGUCUUACUUUUCAGUGGUCAGGCGCGGCCGUGCCAGCGGCUCUGAUCCCCCUGAGUUCUGUCUUGUACUGUAAGAAUACCUGUCAUAAAUGUAAUGGUCAUAUGGGUUUCGCCUGAUGGUAACUAUUAAAAAGACAAAACAAAUGUGAAACUUUU